GCCGGCGGCCCGGAGCUGCGAUGGGCCUGGCCAUGCAAGCCGGGGCGCCCUACACGCGCGCGGGCGGCGCGGCGCGCGGCUGCUGGUACUACCUGCGCUACUUCUUCCUCUUCGCCUCGCUCAUCCAGCUGCUCAUCAUCGCGGGGCUGGUGCUCUUCAUGGUCUACGGCAACGUGCACCACGGCACUGAAGCCAACCUGCAGGACACCGAGCGCCGCGCCGCCGCGCUGCACGCGCAGGUCGUGGCGCUGGAGGCCACGCGGGCCAACCUCACGCGCGAGCUCAACGUCACGGCGCGCGCCAAGGACGCGAUCAUGCAGAUGCUGCUGGGCGCGCGCCGCGACCUGGACGGCCUCAACGCCAGCUUCCGCCAGUGCCAGACGGACCGGGUGAGCGCCCCGGCCGCGGGUCGCGAGGGCCGGGGCAGCCCCCGACUCCCGCCCUGUGCUGCAGACCGGCUCCUCAUGAAGGAGCAGCAGAGUAAGAUGCUGGAGAUGGAGCUGGCCAAAGAGAAGGCGCAGCACGGCCGCGAGAAGGAGGAGUGGGCGCAGGUCCGGCGUGAGCUGGAGAAGGGCCUGACCGAGUGCAGCCGCGCGAAGGAGCAGCUGGCGCAGCAGCGCCAGCUGGCGGAGAGGCAGCUGCAGCUGGUGCAGGGGCUGUGCGCCCCGCUGGACCACGACAAGCUGCUGAUGGAGCUGCGCACGCUGUGGCGGGACUCGGUGAUCAUGCGCUCGCUGGACAGCCUGGCCUACGGCACCUUCCACUCGCUGGGCGCCGACCUUUCUUUGGUCCGCCGGGCCUGCGACCAGCUGCCAGCGAUUAUGGCGACCAAGGGCGAGGAGCUGGCGAACAGGCUGCGCUCGGAUAUCCAGCGCGUGGCGCACGAGAACACGGAGCUGCGCGCGCAGAAGCUGGAGGCGGAGCAGCGCGUGCGCGACCUGCAGGCAGAGGCCGACAAGGCCAAGGCGGAGGCGGCGCAACGCGAGGCCCAGGCGCGCGUGGAGUGCACGCGCCUGACGCAGCUCGCGCGGGACCAGCAGGAGGCGCUGCGCAGGGAGCGCGAGGCCCUGGGCAAGGAGCUGGAGGAGCGCAAGCAGCAGGUGGCGCAGCUGCGGGUGCAGGUGGAAGUGAAGCAGGACUCGCUGCAAACCUGCCUCAAGGCCAAGUCACAGCCGAUAAACCCUCCUCGCCUUGUGCCUCCGGCCCUCAAUCUGACCCCCAUCGACCCCGAGAGCCUGGAAAAGUUCAAGAAGAUGAUCCUCGAGUCGCAAGGGGUCUCCCUGCUCCAGGUCAGGACCUGAGGAAGCCACGACCCCAGGGCAGAAGGGACGACGCGUGCCACCGCCCGACGCCUACACCACCCGCUUCCACGCCGCCUGCGCGUCCCACGCCGCGUGACGUCACCGCAGGGGUCCAUAGGGCAGAAAGCCAAGAAGUAAAAGGUGCUCUAAAGAAAAGCCAGCCUGAAAAGGCAAGGAAGGAUGAGGAAAACAGUGAGGUUUCUGCGGGGCAGGAUUUCUGGCCCUACCGUCGGCCCCAGGCACCGCGGUGACGUCACGGGGUGCCACUGUGGCGUCACAGGCCGAGAUGGCUCUCCGACGUUGUGUGCAGAGACUGCCUGGGCGCGGCGGAGCCCGAAGCCUUCCGGGCACGGCCGUGGCCUCGUGCGCGCGCCUGGGCAGUGCGGGUGCCGGUGCCAGGCGGGG